AUGAAAUGUAAAAGAAAUGUUUUUUUUUCUAAAUCAUUAAAAUUUGGACACAUUUCCGUAUUUAUAUUUGGAAUUCUAUAUGGUGUAAUAAAUAAAUUAUUUAUAAGUGAUGUAAAUUCCUGUUAUUCAGUUAGUAAUAGUAUAAUAUAUGAAAGACAAUUAAGCGAAAAAGACAACUUAUCAAAUUCACUUGAACAAAAUGGGGAACCUGUAGUUAUAGGACAAUUUUUUUCAUUACCAAAUGGAAAAUCGAUUUCUAUUUCAGAUGAUAUAUUUAUUGAUGAGGAACAAUCAAUUGUGAAUUUUAUUGAUAAUAUAAUUGAAGGUUUAGAACAAUAUAUGCUAUGGAAUAAUUACAUGGUAAUUCCGCAUAUGAAACAGUAUCCCCCUGUUUUCAAUAAUGAUAAAGAUAUAGAAUUAAAUAAUAAAGUUGAUAAUUUAGAAAGAAAUAGAGAAGAUAUUAUAAUUGAAACGGAAAAAUUGUGGUUAGAAAUAAUGAAAAAUGAAAAAAAUAAAUUUGCUUCAUUAAAGUGUAAACUAUUUAAUCAAUAUAAUAAAUUUAAAAAUAAACAUAAUAUACCAAAAGAACAAUAUGAAAAAGGAUGUAAUCUAUGCAAAAAACUUAUUGAAAUUGGAGAAAAGUAUCUUGAAUUGAAAUUAAAUAGUGUAUUUUAUGAAUGGUAUGAUAAAAAAGUUAUCUGUGUUGAAGAUUUUAAAAGAAAAAUUGAGAGAUGUCGAAUAGCUUGGAAAGCUUUAUCUAACAAAAUUCAAUAUUUAUGCAAUAAAAUUAUAAUUAAUUGUUUAGAUAAAAUUAAAUAUAUGAAUGAAAUGAAAAUAAUGAAAGCAAAAAAAAAAGCUGUAAAAGUGGUAGAAAAACCAGAACCUAAAAAGAAACAAGAAGAAAAUCUUUCUAUGGUGGAAGGUUUGAAUUGUUUUGAAGAGAAUCAUAAAAUAAUUUGCAUCAAGAAUAAUGAUUUAAUUAGUGGGUGUGAAAAUGUAGAUACCCAAGGAUGUCCUUCAGUAAAUGAAAUUAUUAAUAGUUCGUCUAUAAAUUAUUAUGAAAAAAUGAGGGAUGGUCUAUAUCAUGACGAUGAAGAAUAUGAUGCGCUUGUUACAGAUGAUGACUUGAUAUUUGAAAUGUUUGAUGAAAAUAAAGAAGAUGAUAUAAUAGAAGAGUCUGAAAAUAAUGAAUCAGAUGAAGAUGAUUUGUUAGUGGAAGAAUCUGAAAGUAAUGAAUCAGAUGAAGAUGAUUUGUUAGUGGAAGAAUAUGAAAAUAAUGAAUCAGAUGAAGAUGAAUCUAUAAUAGAAGAAUAUGGAGAAGCACAAGAAGAAGUUGCAAUAAGUUCCUCUGAGGUAGUUGAUGAUGAAUUUACAACAAACGAAGAUAUAGAAUCAGAAGAAAGGUAUUCUUUGGAUAAGGAAGCAAAUAGAUUAUUAUUUAAAAAUGACAUAUAUAACAUUUGGUUUUCUGAUUUAUCAAAUAUAUAUGUCGAUACAACAUACUAUGAUAUAUUAAACGUAUAUCCUACUUCUGAAUUGAGUGAAAUUAAAAGUAAUUAUUAUAAUUUAGCUUUAAAAUAUAAUCCAGAAAGUAAUUUAGGUAAUGCUGAAGCAUUAACAAAAUUUAGGGAUAUAAAUGAAGCAUAUCAAAUAUUAUCUUUAGACCAAAGAAGGAUGAAUUAUAAUAAAUAUGGAUUAAAUGCUACAAAAGAUAUGUUUUUAAUAGAUCCUUCUAUAUUUUAUGUGAAAAUGUUAAGUAUAGAAAAGUUUUAUGAUUAUAUUGGAACUACGCAAAUAGAAUCAUUUCUAAAAGUAUUAUCUGAAAAAAAUAUAGCUUUGCAUGAAUUAGAACAUAGACUUGAAGACAUUAUGAAUUUGAUGUAUGAGCAACAAGAAGUACGACAAGUUAAAAUAGCCUUAUAUUUAAGAAAUAAAUUACAGCCAUAUGUAGAUGGAGAUGACCAAUGGAAAAAACAUAUGGAAGAAGAAGUGAAAAAAUUAAAUAAAUCCAUAUUUGGUACUUUUUUUUUAAAAUCCAUAGGAUGGAUAUAUACAAAUCUUACUCAAUGUUAUCGGGAAGAUAAUGGACAUUCGUUUGGAGUAAACUUAAAAUUGGCUAACAUGGAAUUCGAAAACAGGAAUAAAAAAAAUCAACUAAAAGUAUCAAAAUCUAUGAGGAACUUGUUGUCUAUAAUUAAGGAAUAUAUACCUAGGAAUGAAAACAUAACUGGUCUUGUUAAAAAGAUAGAAUAUUUGAAGAGCGAAAAUGAUAUUGAAAAUAAUAUAAGCAAUGUUAAUGAAAAAUCUUCUAGUAAUGAUAAUUCAAGUGAUGAUGAAAAUCAAAAUGAAAAUGAAAAUGAAAAUCAAAAUGAAAAUGAAAAUGAGAAUGAAAAUCGUAAAGAUCUUAAGCUACUAAGCGAUAACGAAAAGAGAAAAGUUUUACAUUUUAUGAUAAAGAAUAUAAAAAAUGUAGUUCAGGGUGAUAUUGAACUAACAAUUAGAUAUGCUGCUGAAAAAGUUUUAUUUGAUGAAGGUGUAGAUAAGGAAACACAAUUAAAAAGAGUUGAGGCAUUGGAAAUUUUAGGAAAUAUAAUGAAAACGUGUUCAAAAGAAAAUAAAAAUUGGGAAAAGGAUCAGGAAGCUGAUAUUGAAAAUAUUAUUGAAAAAGUAAUAAAUGUUUCAAAAAUGGUUAAUAAUGAAUGA